UUUUUGUAAACAGAGUGGCAUUCCAGGCAAUAUUAUGGAAAUGAACAUGCUUAGAAGUGCUGCUUCUAGUGAUACAGGGAAAUCUUCUACUUCCCUGGCUCCUGUGCCUUUCAAGGAACAACAUCUAAAACAGCUCAGAGCUCAGUGCCUUAUAUUUUUGGCAUUCAGGAAUGGUUUGAUGCCAAAAAAAUUACAUCUAGAAAUUGCACUUGGAAACUUUCUUCAAAAAGAAGAUGCACCUCAAAAAGGGCUGAUUGACCAUAAAGGAAAGGAGCUAUCUAUUAAGGAUCCAAAUAAUAUUCCUCAAGAUACAAUGCCGCUUGGAAGACCGAAUAAUGUGAGGAAAACUGAAAGAGUAGCUCGUCCGUCAUCUACUGGACUUCUUCCUAAGGCCAACUUUUCAAGAGAAGCUGCUUGUAUUAUUUGUAUAUUUAUACUUUCAUAUUUAUUUAUCUUUUAUUUAAUUUAAGGUUAUGGGUGAUAAUUAUUAAGGUCGCCUAAAUACUAAAAAGGCUAAUGAUGGUUUGGCUAACACCUAUCAAUUUCCAGUAAUUGACGAGUUUCCUUGAUGGAAGGAAACUAAUAAGGUUUAUCUGAUAAGGUAUCUAUCUAAUAGUUUUAAAUAAAUAGGCAUAUGGUUUUCUAUCAA